AUGCAUGGUCAAGCUCCUAAUGCCAUCAUUACUGAUCAGGACCAGGCAAUGCAAAAUGCCAUUCAGAUUACUCUUCCAAACAUGAAGCAGAUGGUGCCUGUGGCACAUUAUGAAAAAGUUGCAAGAAAAGUUUGGAUACCACGAUUAUAUGAGAACAGAGGUCAAUGGGUGCCUGGUUUUUUGAAAACCACAUUUUGGGCAGGCAUGUCCACGACACAACGAAGUGAAAGCAUGAAUGCAUUUUUCAAUGGAUAUGUGCAUUCGAAAAUCUCGUUGAAGCAGUUUGUGAAGCAGUAUGAAAGAGCAUUCAGAAAUAAGGUGGAGAAGGAGUUCCAGGCAGAUUUUAGGUCCUAUUCCCAGCUGGUUCCGUGUGCGACAACAUACGAAAUGGAAAAGCAAUUUCAAGCGAUUUAUACCAUCGAAAAGUUCAAAGAAGUUCAGCAGGAAUUCACCGAGAAAGUAUACUGCGACGUUGUAUCUAAAAAUGCCAAUGACUAUUAUUGGUCGACUUACGAGGUUCAUGAGGAUGUCGUUCUUCACGAGCACCGCAAGAAAAAAUCUUUUUGCGUAUCAUUUCGGAGGGAUACAUGUGAAUUGAUUUGUCGCUGCCACCUAUUUGAAUUUUGGGGAAUUAUUUGUAGGCAUGUUAUUGCAAUCUUGAUUCGUAACGACAUAACAUCGAUGCCUGAGAGGUACAUAUUAAGAAGGUGGAGACGAGAUGUUAGUAGAGCACACUCGAGGAUCGCAGUACAUUAUGAUGGAUUGGUCAGUAUUCCUGGACAAUUGAGGUACGACGAGAUGUGCCAGAUUUUUUCAGAGGUGGCGGACCUAGCAACAGAUGACGAAGUAUGGACACGCACUAUAACGGAGUGGAUGACAUCGCAAAUAAAAGAGUUGCGGAAGUCUAAGUCAAGUUUUGGAAGUGUUGUCUACUCCCAGCCUAACAGCAACGGUGGACACAUAUUGGAUCCAGUAACUUCUAAUAGAAAGGGCGCACCGAAGAAACUUCGGAGGAAAGGACCAUUAGAGUGUAGUUUAAAGAGGACGAAG